AAAUAGCUCGACUCGUAGAUGCGUAUUAUAUACUUGUCAAUUUAUGGAUUUUGUUGUAGUUAACUUUUUCCUGCGGUUUUUAUCAUCCAAGCGAUUUCACAAUAUGCUAUAUACAUUGAGCCGCUUAUUACUCGAUCGGCAAAAGUUAAUUGUAGAAUAGAUCGAAUCCAUCAUUGAACGAUUCAUGUUUCGAAUUUUAUCUUGCUUUAGGAUAUAAUCACUAACUUAUAUCAGCAAAUUAACAAUGUGCUCACAUGGGAAUGUUCUUUUCGGACACUGAAUAGAAAAUAUAUUUCUGAGCUUCUAAAAUAACUUUCUAAUCGAUCGUUUUAAAAAAAUAUCGAAAACAUUAUUCAUUUAAUCUUCUAAUAUUUUUUUGAUGAAAUGUAACAAAAAAAAAUUUCUUUUACUGAGGAAAAUUCAUGAAUAAAAAAAUAUUUGAAAUUAUUCUCAUCAAUGCAAAACCCAAUAAAAAACUGCGAAAAUUUGUAAUUAUAUCACAAAUAAAAAUAGAUUGUACAAUUUUAAAAGUAAUCUCGUUACUAAUUGUAUCUGAAUAAAUUAACAUCUCCUCGCGGCAUUGACUUCAGAGUUGCGGAGGUUCUCGUUAGAGGGCAUACAAGUCCAGCAUGUGCCGUCUUGAAUAUACACGCCGGUCCGUGCAAGUCCGUGCACGCACAUAAGGAGCAAAGGCUACACGUGCUUAAUAGCAGCAAGCUAAAUGUUUUAAGUUAAAUUCAUAAAUAAACCUAGAAAGAUGUCUGCAAAAAAACGUCCGUGCCCUGAAACUGAGAUGGAGGUGGAGGUUGUAAAUGAAAUUGAAGGCAAAUCAAAAUCAAAACAACGACCCUCCAAAAGGAAGAGGGUAAAUGAUGCAGAGAUCAGAAAAGUUGCUAUCCCUGCUCAUCGAUAUACUCCUUUGAAAGAAAAUUGGUUGAACAUUUUUACCCCAAUCGUCACACAUCUCAAGGUAAACGUUAGAUGUAAUCUGAAAACAAGAAACGUGGAGAUUAAGCUGAAUGAAGAUACUCCAGAUAUUGCCAAUCUUCAAAAAGCAGCUGAUUUUGUGAAAGCAUUUAUGUAUGGUUUUGAAGUUGCGGAUGCACUAGCUUUAUUACGUUUGGAUGAUUUAUUCAUUGAAACAUUUGAUAUUAAUGAUGUCAAACCUUUGUUGAAAGGCGAUCAUUUAUCUAGAGCUAUUGGUAGAUUAGCUGGAAAAAUGGGACGAACAAAGUUCACCAUUGAAAACACCACAAAAACAAGAAUCGUUUUGGCAGAUUCUAAAAUUCAUAUUUUAGGAUCUUUCCAAAAUAUUGCAAUAGCUAGGAGGUCAAUUUGUAAUUUAAUUUUAGGAACUCCUCCAGCUAAAGUUUAUGGACAGCUCAGAAAUAUUAGUAGUAGAAUGGUAGAAAAAUUCUAAACUCUAGAACUAUUCAUAAAUUAUCAAUUAUGUUGUGUAAUUUUAGCUGAAUAAUUGCUUAUUUUUU